CAUCAGCCCGAUUCUAGUAGUUUUGGGGAAGAGGAAGACAUGGCCGCAAGGUUACUGCUGAGAACCGCCGUACGGGCCGCGACGACCUGCAGGCCGUCUCCAGUGGUCGCUCUGAGCAGAGGGAUGGCGGCGGGAGGUAUUCCCACUGAUGAAGAGCAGGCAACUGGACUCGAGAAGAAGAUUAUGCAUGCUCUGAAAACAGGCUCAGAUCCUUACAGCAUGCUGAAGCCCAAGGAGUAUGCAGGGUCAAAGUCGGACCCCCAUCUUGUACCUUCCAUCACCAACAAAAGAAUUGUUGGCUGUGUCUGUGAGGAGGAUAACACCGCUGUGGUGUGGUUCUGGCUCCACGAGGGUGAAACCCAGCGCUGUCCCUCAUGCGGCUCUCAUUACAAGCUAGUGCCUCAUGAGCUGCCUCACUGAGCUGCUGCCUCCAAUGCAGCGUCGCAUCCCAGAAUUCCAGAGACGUGGUGACCUCAUGUUUGUCUAUUUGCAAAGAAGUACAGGGGAUGUAACCUGUCCUCCUGAUUUGGGACACAAUAUUUUAGCAGACAAUUUCCGUAAAUUAUUGGAGUGUACAUUUUGCGUUUGGUCCAGUUACACCUAAUAAAAUGCUUACUCUGA